GCCGUUCCCAUACCCGUCGUUGUUCACUUGGACGAGGUCUGCGCGGAACAGGGCAGGCAAUAAAGCUGCCGCUGGACUUGCCGACUUCCGUUGCAACACAGUCGUGCGCUGUCCUGUCACCUGGUGCCACCUCGUUAAUUGACUUUGUGGAACCGCGCACACUACCCGCAUAACGGACAGCCCGGAGUCGCAGUGAGACGCCAUCAUGUUUUUCCUCAAAGAACUCGAGAAGACGCUCCAGUUACAUCCGUCGUACUUCGGCCCGCUGAUUCGGCAACAUAUCCAUCGAGAGCUGCUCACAAAGGAGGAGGGUUCAAGUACCGGAAAAUACAUCAUCGUGUGCAUACUCGACACGUUCGACAUCUCCGAUGGUGUUGUUGUCCCAGGGUCGGGCGCCGCUGAAUACACCGUACAUUACAAGGCCAUUGUUUGGAGGCCGUACAAGAACGAAGUGGUGGACGGCGUAGUUACCUCCGUCGUCCAAGGCGGCUUCUUUGUCGACUGUGGUUCCUUACAGGGCUUCGUAUCAAAGAGUAUGAUACCCAACGAGAUCCAGUUCGACGCAAACGCAACGCCACCUCAAUGGACCGAUAAUGGUGAGCAAGUGAUUGAGAAGGGGACCAGCGUUCGCGUCAAGAUCAAAGGUUUGCGGUCCGAGGUGGACAGGAUGUACGCAAUUUGCACGAUGAAAGAAGAUUACCUUGGGCCGCUCCAGACAUAGGGGGAUGGAGAGAAACACUCAACACGUCCAGAGGAGAACAGGGCCGCCACUUCUUCAGAAAACAGGAGUUAGAGAAGAUUAUCAUGCGCGAUAUUCGCUUUUGGCAAAUCAGCAUCGCCGGUUAACGAA